GGUGUGGGAGGAAGCAGCAAGAAGAACCUCGGCUGAUAAGCAGCUUCCUGAGCAUUCAGGGAAAUGCACCCUUGUACAAGGAUUACAACACAGUUAGAGAGCGAGAGAAAGAAACACAGAGCUUCUGUUGAUACUUCAGCUUUUGUUUUAGCUGGUGCCACAGUCUGUGUUGAGAUAUUGUUAGGAAAAUGCCAAAACACAUCAGAUGAGCUGCCACUUAAGAGAGAUACUACAUCAAAUCCAGACAGAGCAUUGUGGAGUCUGUGGGUAAUUUCAACCCAUGCAUGCCUCAUUCUGAAGUGUAGACAGUGUGCACAGUAUGGUACAAUCUGAGCUAACUUCCAUUCCGUUAACUACUGUAAACUGUCAAGGCCAAGUUGCAGGAGAGAUCAUGGACCAAUCAUCAACUUCCUCCUCAUCAUUCAAAUCAAGGAGACAAAGCUGUCUUCAGGAGAGAAGAGGUUCGAACGUCUCCCUUACCCUGGAUGUAAGUGCCUUGGGAAAUAUUGAACCCAUCAAGUCAAUCUCUACUCCUCGGGAAAUUACUCUGCAAUACCUUCAAACCACCGGCUUUCUGCUAAACAAGGAACAACUAGAGGAAGCUACAAAUAAUUCAGAAACCCUGGAAGCUGAAUUCUCGAAAAUUCCACCUAAUUUUAUUGAAUCCAAUGAGUUGAAUAUCCCAGGUCAUGCUUCAAAAAACAGAUAUAAAACUAUUCUACCAAAUCCACAGACCCGAGUCCUCCUCUCAUCAGAGAACCAUGAUGAUCUCCUAAGCUCCUACAUUAAUGCUAACUACAUAAGAGGAUAUCAAGGAAAAGAGAAAGCUUACAUUGCUACUCAGGGCCCCAUGGUAAAUACAGUAAAUGACUUCUGGGAGAUGAUAUGGCAAGAAGAUUGUCCAAUAAUUGUGAUGAUAACAAAGCUAAAGGAAAAAAAUGAGAAAUGUGUUGUUUAUUGGCCAGAAAAGCAAGGUUCCUUUGGCAGGUUUGAUCUUGUUGUAAACAACGUGAAAGAGUGUGAUGGGUACAGUGUUCGAGAUCUAAGCAUUAAGCAUUCCAAGCAGUCUCGAAGCGUAAAGCAUUAUUGGUACUCAUCUUGGCCGGAUCACAAGACUCCAGAUACAGCGCAGUCACUUCUAGACCUUGUCCAAGAGGUGGAAGGAAGCAGGCAGAUGGCCGGGAACAGGGGGCCCACUGUAGUCCACUGCAGUGCAGGGAUCGGGAGGACAGGCUGUUUCAUUGCCACAAGUAUUGGAUGCCAACAAUUAAAGGAAACCAACAAAGUGGACAUUUUAGGGAUAGUGUGCCAAAUGCGGAUCGACAGGGGUGGAAUGAUCCAGACUAGUGAGCAGUAUCAAUUCUUGCAUCAAACAUUGUACCUCUAUCAAAAAAAUCACUCCUAGAUUUCAGAUCCGUCAUCAGUUUCAAAGUGAAUUUACCUCACUCUGGUGGAUGUUUCAAAUAAAGUUUCUUAAUAGAAAAAAGUACAAGAUUAUCCAUAUAUGACAACUAAAAUGCUUCUGCAAUUGCAUUAUUCUGAUAUUUAUGCUGCAAUAGAUUUCCAUUUAUCCAUAGUAUAAGAUAGUAACUGGAGAUCAUAGGUCUGUAUAUCAUGACAGAUGAGUGGUAUACUGAAGCAUAUUUCAGAUCAAGAUUCUGAUCAUUUCUUCAGUCGUUUCGUUAGUCCAGAAGUCCCCACCAGAUUAUGAAUUCUCCCUUAUAUUCUUGUGAGCAUUUAUCUUUAUCACAUCUGUUUUAUGCUUUAUAGUUGUUAAUUUAUUAAUGAACAAACCAACUGAAAUAUAAUUACAACUAAGGAAAAUUAGUUUAUCCAGAAAAAUGUUUUCAAAUUCUAAUAGAUGGAGUCCAUAAUAUUCAGCUAGUUUUAAAAUUAUUUCAUUAACAUGCAGUACUAAAAGCUCAUGAACAUCACUGAUGGUGAGCUAUAGUUACCUGUUACAUGUUUAAUCAUGGAAAUGAAGUUGUUUUAGUAUGUUGCAUUUUCUAUUCCCAUCGAAGUGUUACAAUGAAGUGUUUCGAUCCAGCAAUGGAGUGGCGAGACAGUGAAACGUCAAGGAAGAACUUGUGAAUUGUUUUCAAAUAAUUUUUAUCAGUAGUUCAGAAAAUCUCCAGUUCAUCGUUCAUUUCCACAUUUAGUGAGCUGAUAUAAAAUGGUACUGAAUACUGGAUAUAUUUGUAUCAAUGAUCCCAGAGUGCUAAAUUUUCUCUAAUACUAACAAAAUUAUACUCCACCAGAACAUAGUUAAUGUGGUCAGAAGUAGAUGGACUCUACCACACACAGUAUAAGGAGAACAUAAGUGGAAGGAUGAGCAGUGAGGGUACAUCAGUGGAAAUAUAGAUAUUUAAAUUCCAAUUCUAUUAUUGGACUUCAAUUUCCAAUGAUGCUAAGAUGUAUAAAAGUCUGUCAAGAGAGCUAAGUUAUACUGUUAUUUGUACCUGAUACACACUUCAUUUGUUCUCCAGUGACUCCAUGUGUACAUUUCUACCAAUUGUUUGAGCCAAGGUCAGAUUGCUGAAAUGCUUCUAUGCCGUUCAUUGUAUGCAGUAUCAGGAAAGGUGCACCAGCUGCCCUGAAGUAGCCAUCUAAGUAAAAAUCUCCAAUCGUGUCCACCAUUAUUCCUAUUAAUAUAUGUAGUAAAAUCCAUUCCUGGCUACAAUAACUAUAUUUUGACGGAGUGCAAUUUAAUUAGAUAAAAACAAUCAACAGAGGAGGGGCAAUCAGCAUUUGAGCAUUGACUAAUUUAUGGCAUAUGCUAAAUGAUCUUUCAACUCAUCUGUACUCCCCUCACUAGCAGUGCUUUUUCACAUUUUGCUUUCAAUUACUGUAAUUAUGUCUAAAAGUUCAGAGGUAUUUCCAAAAAAUAAGUUUCCUAAUAGAAUCACUUAAAUAAUAAAUUAUCAUUUCAAUAUCUUGCAUGAAAAUAUGCCCAAUAGAAUAUUAGUUUAGAAAGAUCUUAAUUUUCAAGCUUUAGAACAUAGACCAUAUAAUAGUACAGAACAUUACAGGCCCUUCGGCCCACAAUGUUGUGCUGACCCUCAAACCCUGCUUCCCAUGUAACCCCCCACCUUAAAUUCCUCCAUAUACCUGUCUAGUAGUCUCUUAAAUGUCACUAGUGUAUCUGCCUCCACCACUGACUCAGGCAGUGCAUUCCAUGCACCAACCACUCUCUGAGUGAAAAACCUUCCUCUACUAUCCCCCUUGAACUUCCCUCCCCUUACCUUAAGGCCAUGACUACUUUCAACUACUUUCAAGCAGUAUAUUUAACAACAUGCUAUUAUUAAAAUUUAUGAUACUGUAGUGGUACCCUAUCAAAUCAAAAGCAGAUUGGGCCUGGUAAGAAUUUGGGUUAUCCAGCAGUUCUACCUUGCUAUUGCUGGUAGAUCAAGUUAAUUGUAUUUUUAAAUUUGCAAGCUAUUGACAUUUUAAUCAAGAGGACCAAUUUUCAUUGCAACUACAUUGCAAUAUAUUUUUAUCAUUUCCUUUAUAGUUUUAAUCCCCAAUAAGUCACCAAUCAAAUCCUAAAUCAAACCACUAUCUUCCCUGAACUCUUUCUUGAAAGAUACAUAAACAUUCCUAAGAUACAUUCUUUAGUGAUCUUAGCCGAGAGAAACGUUUUUUCUUCUUCUUAUAAUGGCUAAAUUCGAAACUUUGUGAACUUUGGAAAUCUGCAGAUAAAAGUCAUUGUUAUGUCUUCCUGAGGUGUACCAAUACCACACUCUGUACAUAUUCCACACCUGUUAGUAAGCAGUUGUAAAAAUUACUGAAAUGAAAUUUAUCCAAACAUUACAUUAAUUUGUAAUUCCUAUUCUUCAUAUUUUACACUUCAUAUUUUAUUCCCAGGAUAAAUGGAAAACUAAUGUGAAUGCUGCAUAUUUAUGACUCAGUUGGUAGUCUUUGUCCUUCUGUCUGAGGUAAUGGAUUAAUGUUCCAUCCAGAGAUUUGAAUACAAUAAAAUCUAUGCUGACUAUUCAGUGCAGCACCAAAGAGCAUGAUACCUUAUGGAUGAGAUGACAAACCAUGGCUUUUUAUGCCCUUUCAAGCAGACAUAAAAACAUCUCUUGACACUAUUUGAUCCUGGAAAAUAGUUUACCUCAUUCAGUAAUACUUACAUGGAUUAUCACAUUCCUUUCUGUUGGCUACAUGCAAAUUAGUCAUUAUGUUGCCUUCAUUACAAUUUAUGGAUAGUACAGUGCUUUGCAAUUGUCAGAGGCUGAAAGAUAUAUAAUUACAUCUUUUUUGCAAAAAUGUGUAACAAAGUCCACUUUAUUUUUUAUAUAUUCUUCCUUUACAGCAAAUUAAAAUGUGAAAGUUUUAUAUACCAUUCCAACAGAAAAGAUGUUUGUUUUAUAUAUGCUGUAGAUUUUAGUACUUCACUGAAUGAAGGUAACUAUUCUGUAUGAUCUAGGUUUGUUAGGAACUUUAUUUUUUGGAAACCAAAUCUGUUUUGCACAUUGGAAUUAAUAAUCUUCUGUUUAAACUUUCAGAAUCCAUUACAUUGAAGAAUGUUUAGAUUAAGUUAUGAUUUUUAUUUUGAAUUACUGCUAGAAUUUUUAUUUUGAAUUGUUGCUGCUAGAAUUUUGUACUGAUAAAGACACUCAUGUUUGCAUUGUAUUAUGUUCAAGAAUGCCUAUGCUGCAAAUGAAAAUAUAAGAUUGUAUAUUCUGCAAUAAAACAAGGGAUACAAUCCCCUCAAGUAG